UGAAAAAAAAGGAAAAACGGCUCUCCUUACAAAUUUUAGAAGCUACCAGAACAUCAGAUCUAUUCACCCUCACUUCAUCUUCUCCCCUUCUGACAUCGUUACUGCUCCUCAAUACAGACCCAAUUUCUCUGCUUUGGUUCGACUUAGUCUUCGGUGGUGUUGUAUCAGUGAGUUACAGCCAGGGACCUCAAAGCUGGAGGUAUAACAUAAGAUUUUCUUGCAAGGAUCCAAGUUUCCUGCUACUGAUGUCUGACAGAAAAAGAAAGACGAACAACGUCCAAAUGAAGAAAAAUCUUAGACGUCGUAUUGCCUAUAAAGAAAUGUCGCCUGACCAAAAGGCAGCACUUCUAGAACGGCGUCGGGUAGAAUACGCUAUGGAAAGGCAUACUCUCUCAAAAAAUUCUACUCUUGACUGUUCUACUCAGAAAAGCAUGAUUUCAGGAGACCUUGCUUUGGGACAACCUGCUCUGUUCAUUCGAGAGACACCUUCUUCUUCUCGAAAUGAUCAAAGUCAGACCAAAAGAGUGUCUCUUCCCUUUUAAAGCUCAAGUCAGCAUAUAAUGUUACUUCAAGUGAAGAUUUAUCGGGAUACUGUACAAGUUUCUCUUCUCUUUUCCACAGCCGACAACAACUGGUUGAAUCCAGAUUGUACCCGCUUACACCAAGAACAUCAAGAAUUUCAUAACUUUUCUCUUUCUAGCAAGCUUGGCAAUGAACUACAACAGAUUCAUCUCUUAGCACAAGUCCAAAAGGCUACAAAUGAACUUGGUGAUGAUCAAUCAUUAAAAGCUAGGGAGGAUGAUUUUGCUGGUUAUGAAGGUAUUUUGAGGCCUCAAUAUUCUAGAUUUACAUGUAAAGUAGUGUCUCACUUUCUUUUAAGUUACUGCAAACAAGUUUUCUUUAACCAUGUGAGAUAGAUUAUCUUGGUAUAUAUUUUUAUUUGUACUUAGCUGUGACGUUUCAUCUUGGAUUGGUUGUUGAAAUUUCUCCUGCGGUAUGAAAUGUUAGUAUUUCAAUUGCC